AGAGCAGCAGCGGGAGCGUGGAGCGGAGAUCCAUCCACCGGGUGGAAAUUCGAGUGUGAGGAGGGCUCGGGAGGGCCGCGGGGCUGUGGCAUCUCAUGGCUUCCGUCGCGAAGAAGUUGGGUCGGGUAAUACAUUUUGCCAAUCUCCCUUUGAAACUGCUGAUGCCGAAUCAGCGGGAGAAUAUCAAGGAGGUCGCGUUCAAGACCGUUCCCAGCGCUUCUAAGAUUGAAAUUAGGAGAGUUUUGGAGUCAGUCUAUGGACUGGAGGUAGAGAAAGUUAAUACCCUCAACAUGGAGGGGAAGAAGAAGCUCAAUAGGAAGACGGGAAAAUACUACAGAAGGCCUGACUACAAGAAGGCUUACGUUGUUUUGAAGAAUCCAGUUACACUGCCGGCAGACGUGUUUCCUUUGAAUGCUGUGGAUUUCGAAGAUAGCCCUGAGAAACCACAGGCAGCUAAGAAGUAGCUAGAGGUUCCUCUAUUCUCUGAAUGACAGUUUAUUUGGAAGUCAUAGAAGUUUGCAGAUUAAAAUAUGCAUGGCGCGAAAGGGCUGUACCCCUUGUUUAAAUCGACUUUCCAGAUCAUCGCAUGACCCAGAGUUGUCAGAGUAGAAGAUGGUGCGUGCUCAUGCACACGACGGAUCACACGAAUUUCAAGGUUCAUGGUGUCUGCUUGAUUCUUACAAAAGAACACGGAAUCGAGUCAUGAGUGCUGAGAGAAAAUACCUAUUUUUCUACGGUCUGUGGACCUCAUCAAGCAGGUCGACAAUCCCGUAAGAUUUGUAGAUUUCCGUCAGACCCCGAAGGGAACCUUGCGAGAAAUUUGGAUUUCAAGAAGUUUACUCCUGUUGUCUAAAAGUGAAUGAAGAAUAUUCUUGCACUUGUUCAAAAGUGCAUCUCUA